AUUGAUCUCAACUAGCGAAAAAAUACACGUGCAGCUUGCUAAAAAGUCAACUUAUUCUGCGUAUUCCUCGCGAAUGCAAUUAUUCAAAGAUGGAGACAGUAUUUGACCAAUGAAAAACAAUGUCAUAGAAAUGUGUAACGAUAAUUGGUGGAAGGAUAUUUGCCUCUGACUGGAGUCCUUCCGCUACGACGAGAUGGAUGGAAUUGAGAGGCGAACGAGGAAAAGCACAUAGUAUCUGAGAGGCUACUACACAGUGAAAGUGCGGAGGAUCUUUUUGUAAAAAAAGUGUCCGUUUAUUUUGUGUGCGUCUUCCAACCAUUCAUCCAAAGAACUUUCAAAAAGCAGGUGUGCACGUGACCCUAGAAGGGCCAUUCAUUGUAGCUUUCUCUCUAAGACAUUGACAGAAAGGCAACGACGUGGCGAACACCGAAUACAAUACCACCUGUACCACGGAAUACGUAAUCUCCUAACUUACUAUAUUCUCGCCUUUGCCGUAGCCUGGAUAUGGCCGAUUUUGGCCAAAAUACAAGGCCCUUGUCACCAGUUGACUUCAAACACAACGACUCGCGGACCACCUCGCUGUUUUUUCCGACAAGUCUCAUAGACGAACAGAACGGGAACAAACCCGAAAAUAAAAACGGAGUUUGUGAAGACUGCAUUGAAGAUUCUACAAAAUCUAAAGUAAAUUCUACACAACCGCAGACAGCGACUUUAGGGCAAAAAAAGCUCGGGUUUGCUAGUGAAAAUUCGAUGUUUCACGACUUCCCUACUUCGACCACAUUUUGGUCGCCGGCAAGCAUCGAUGAUGCGUUUGUCCAAACAGGAAUUCCCCCCGUAAACGGAGUUCACUUUUCAACAAACACACACWUGCUAGGUUCGCCUAGAAGACCACUCGCAGCACCGGCAAUUACAACAACCAUUAGUCAACAACCUCGAAGGCCUCUACAAAAUUCUUCACAAUACAUAGCCGGGCAAGGAAAACCAGUGGCAAACAUCAAUUCUCUAGCGUCAGGUUGGAAUGGUAAUCAGCCGCACUCUGGAUGGCCGCAACAGCAGCCGUCAACAACUUGGGGAAGAAACUAUUCAUCGCCAAACAACACGAUUUUGAAUAGAAGCUCAAGCAGACCUUCCUCUCUUACUUUUCCACCAUCUUCGCGAUUCCGUUCUAAUGGUGGUUCAACUAGACCGUCAUAUACUGGCAACUCAAGGCACGGAAUCUCCACUCAAACGAUAACACAAGGUCUUCAAAGUUUAAACCUGAACGGACAACAUCCGAUCGACGGUACAAUCUUGGAUAAUAUAACUGGCUUAGGAAACUCUCAUGGUACAAACAACGAACUCUCCAACUCAUUUUAUUCCUAUCAAGACUCGAUGAAAUUCCCUUCACUUGAAACUCGAUUGUUAGAUAUUAUUCGUUCGCCGUCAGACCCACCGGACAAUUUAGCUGCAUUCCGGUGCCAACUGCGAAAGAAAGGUGGCUCGCAGCAAGGAGAUCAAAUCGUACCAUCUCUUAGUUCUUCAUUGAACUGUUCACCGAACUCGGACCAGGACUACACUCCCCGCUUUUCUAGAAAGGUGUUUGUUGGCGGUCUACCACCUGACAUCGAUGAAGAUGAGAUUCAUGCAAGUUUUUGCCGAUUUGGCAGCCUUACAGUGGACUGGCCUCACAAAGCAGAGAGUAAAUCGUACUUCCCUCCAAAAGGUUAUGCAUUCCUUCUCUAUCUGGAAGAGUUAUCUGUUCAAAAACUGAUCGGAGCUUGUUACCGUCAGGACGACAAACUUUACUUGUGUGUAUCAAGUCCAACAAUCAAAGACAAACCCGUUCAAAUACGUCCCUGGAAUCUUUCUGACGCUGAUUUUGUAAUGGAUGGGUCGCAAGCCCUGGACCCAAGAAAGACUAUUUUUGUAGGGGGUGUUCCUCGUCCUUUACGAGCUAUCGAGCUGGCAAUGAUAAUGGACCGCCUGUAUGGCGGGGUUUGCUACGCUGGUAUUGAUGUUGACCCAGAGCUCAAGUACCCUAAAGGCGCUGGUCGUGUGGCUUUCUCCAACCAACAAAGCUACAUUGCAGCCAUCAGUGCACGAUUUGUACAGCUUCAACAUGGCGACAUUGACAAAAGGGUUGAAGUCAAACCAUACGUUCUCGAUGAUCAGCUGUGUGACGAAUGCCAUGGUGCACGAUGUGGUGGGAAAUUUGCGCCCUUUUUCUGUGCCAAUGUCACGUGCCUACAAUACUACUGCGAGCAGUGCUGGGCCAUAAUUCACUCAAGGGCAGGUAGAGAGUUUCACAAGCCCCUGGUAAAGGAGGGAGCUGACAGACCAAGGACGGUUUCUUUCAGAUGGUAAUUCUAAGGUAUAGAAUAUCUGGUCACACGUUCCCUACAUGGUAAAUACCURAUGACUGUACUACACGAGGGAUCCUCACAUGUGAUCUUCAGUUAAAAUCAAGUAGUUUGAAAUUACAGGGAAGUAUUAUAAAUUAUAUAGGUCUUGAUUAAUCUAUAAUGUCCGACGAUUAAAACUCACAUGUAAAAAUGUACAUGUAAACAAAAUAACGGAUCCAGCUCCAUAGGUUCUACGCGUGACUUAAGCUGCCCAGUGAUGAAACAUAGUUCGUAAGCUUUGUUAGGGUAGUGUGCCGAAAUGAUCACGAUGUAGUACGACCGUGGAUGCCCAGUACUCAUUUGUAAUAUUCUCCUGUUCUAAUAGGGUACUUGUAACAAGAGGUCACUGAUUUACGUUCACUUACAUUGAGUGAACACCGUCAUUUUGAGAUAUUUUUUGGAAUGCUAAUUGUAUUAUGGGUAAUAAUAUCACGUGACCUUCAAGUGGGAGUUACUUUUUGCCUGUACAUAUUGCAGGAACUAGUGCUUACUGCAGCAAGAUGACGUGAGCGUUAGUGUCGUAGGUUUGGUAGCACCCUUGCAACGUGUUUUAUCUUUCUUCUCAUUAAAGGUUUUUAGCUUCGUACUUUGCAUAGACAUGUAAGAAGUUGCUACGGAAUAAAACUAAAUGAUUUUUCGAUUAUUUUAAAUAAACGUGCUCAGUUGUACAGCACUAUAUACAUACAACUAACUGGGAACACUUGCURAAGCAAAAUUAUAUAAUAUUUUGAUUUGAUAAACACAAAUGAAUUUUUAGAACAGAUGAGACCCCUUUUCUAGAAUAGUUCUACAUUUUUAGCACUUUAGCACUUAUAGUUGUACAUAGUGGAUCUGCUGUUUAUAGAAUCACGCUGUUAACUCGUGGAUUAUAAUCAAUACCUGUAUAUCUCGUUGUCGUGUAGUAUUACAUUUUGGUUUCCACCAAGUCGUUGUUAUUAUAUAUUAGCGAAUCACUCACAUGGUUUAGCUUUUGACAAAUUAUUUCCUAAGCGCAAUAUGAGUGUGGUUGUUAGAAAAAUGCCAAUCGAUUCGCGAAAGGAAACUAAAAACAUUUUGUUUUUGUCAAACAGUCCAAGUCGUAUAGCUGAAAUUACAUCACAUAUUAACCUCUAUGUAAUUAGGAUUUUAUUUACACUUAAAUUACACUAUCAAAGCUUUGUUUAAAAAGUAUGUCAUAUUUUCUUGCUGACUUUUUUCACGACUUUUAGCGUUUUCAAAGCUAAUUAACUGCAUAAAGGCCUCCACAGGCAGCCCAGUUUGCUAAAAGGGAAAUCUAAUAUUGUCUGCGGUGAUAGAUUUAUUUUUGCGAGUCAAUGUCCUUAUGUUUACGGAUAUCGUCUCAUUCAAUAUUCCCAUAGAGAAAUGCCCAAUAGGUGGCUAGAUUUAUUUUUGAGUGUCAUAAUGGACUCCGAAAAAUAGCAUAAUAAACAUGCUGAAAUUAUUAUGAACAAUUCAUUUUCACCUAAUCGUUUGUACUAAGGUGAUAACGCGUACCCGAUGGGGUCAGCCAUGAUUACAAAGAUAAAGACUGGAACGAUUGCGCAGGGAACUGGGUAAUAAACUCAAAUGACCUAACUAGCUCACUUUGGAUUCCCAAUUAAAGACAGUAUACUAAUGAGCAAUAAAGGAACUGUGCAAGAGAAUCAAAUCAACUCCUACCAACAUACAAAUUAAUGACUUCUACCCAGACCCUCGUUGACAAUGUUCCUGACAUUAUCACCAUUGAAUAAUUGAAAUUAUAAUAAUAAUAUUAAUAAUAAUGAGUAAUUAUUAUUGUUCCACAUAAGUUUGUUGAUGAACUCUUAUAUAUAAAAUGAAGAUUUAGAUUUGCGAUAUAGUCUGUCAAAAUUUUAACAAAAAUCUUCUUAUCGUCAUUAAUAUUAUCUUUUGUUUUUUAUAGCUUUUGUAUUUACUAAGAAUUCAAAUAAUAUAUUGCCUAAUAAGUUUUAAUUUUGAAAAUAUGUAGUAAAAGAAAGUACUUAGUACUUUGUAGUUAAAAUAAAUAAAUAUAUCAUAGAAGAGUGCGACAGAUAUUGUGUUCAACGGUGAUCUUUUUUAUCGCUAUAAAUUAGUGAUGUCAAAUAUACAAAAAUCUUUUUUUAUACAAAUCGGAUACUCCAGUUUUGGAUUUUGUAACAAAGUUCUUUGGAAAAUAUAGGAAAUACAAUUUUUGAAUGAGAAAUUAUUUUCUUUCGAAAGAUGAUAGAAAAAGGAGGGGAAGAGGUUUAAGAAUGAAUGUAAUCAAUUUUGUAACAAUUACAAAUCAAAUGAGCCUUUCCUCGAUGUUUUGUACUUUCGGACUUCCCACUACAUCAUUCAUUAAAAACUAACUUAUUUAAUAGACAAUCAUCGUCUAUUUGUCGAUUAACUUUAAUUAUUUCUGCAUUGAAAAAAAUUAAAGAACGUAGUUUAAAGCAAAACACAAUUAACUUAAAAGAAUCUCCAUGAUUGCGGUCGUUAAAGAACAAAACAUCAGAAAGGUUUUGGCUCAUUUAGUCUUUGCUGUUUUGUGCUGUCGAUUUUGUAGAAAUGCUACUCUAGUUUUUUCAUGAAUGUUCUAUUUUUUUAAUUUGCACAGCUGUAUAUUUUACUCUGCUAAUUUAUUGGAUUUUUAUACUCGAGAAUCGUAUAAGAAAGAACAUGGUCGAACACCUAUUUGUCAUCACUAUUCUGGGGGGAAUUAUAUUCACUAGAAAUACAAACAAAUCAAUAACUUUUGUAAAUUAAUUACCUUCAUUUUUUCAAGGCAGACUUAUGGUUUGUAAAAGACAUUUAUUUUCAUAACGUUGAUCAAAAAUUUUAACAACUUCUUUACCUAUGCAAUUGCUUUAUCAAAAUAAAGACAAGAACCACCCAAAAAAAA